AUGUCCAUCCCAGCGCACGAUCGCGGGCCCAUCGCGCGCGCGAUGACCCAUGCGCGCACCUGGGGACACCACGCGAGGGGAAAGCGUUCGAUUCCCGCGCGUGGACACGGCGACUCGAACGCGAUGGAUGACGAAGACUACACGUCGGAUGAGAACCGAACGCCGUUUUACACCCAGAGCGAGCGAAAAUUCCUCGAUCUGAUCACGAUACAAGCCCUGAAGAACGUUCUUCAUUACUUACAGGAGUCGAACGGGGAGAUGCACAUGUUCCUGCACGACUACAUUCACCAGAACCCGUUCAACCUGAGCGAGAGCGCGAGCAUGGAUGAUUGGCUGGUCGGUCUGGCAGCGCAACCGCUGCGACGGGUGAAGGAUCCGAGGCGAAGCAGUGUUCCGGGACACGCUGCGGAGGAGGCAGCGUUGAGGAAAGGACGCGAAGUAUCUCCGAGAGACGUGGUGGAGCGCAUCAUCCAAGCUCGGACACACGUGGCGGACGAGCUCGUGGGUGUUCGGGACCAACUGAACGUGAAAAACAGUGCCAUCUUCACGAGAGCGCUCAAGACGUCCGUGAAGUUGAGCGACGACGAUGUCUGA